AUGGGAAUUACAUUAUGCAAGGGUUGUGGUUAUGGUAACAAUGAUACUCGGAAUAAGUGCUGGUGCUGUUGUUGGUAUUGUUAUUGCUGUUGCUGUUGCUCUUGUAACAAUAAUCGCCCGCAUAACAGUGUUGGUUUAGAUCCAGAAAAAAAAAUGCGUAUAUUGUUAUUGGGGCUGGCAGGAAGUGGCAAAACCGAAAUUGCCCAUCAACUAAUAAAAGCCAAACGUCAUGAUUAUCAGGCCACUAACGGGGCGCACAGCUACAACAUAAUACAUAGCGAUACCGUUUGUUCAUUAACGGAAAUUGGCGGUAAUGAGGAUAUGCAAAAAAUUUGGCAUCAUUACUAUGUGGGCACAAUGGCUCUCAUCUAUUGUUUUGAUAUGUCUACCACGUAUACAGAAUUGAAGCGAGCUUUCUGUUUGCUUAACGAAAUAUUGCAAAAUUGUUAUAUGAGUGGGAAGCCAGUUUUACUAGUCGCCACGAAAUCCGAUAUAGUGGAUGAAAGUAUUCAAUGGUACGACAUUGAAAACACAUUUCAAAUGGAAGCGAUGGCCCGUACUUACGGCAGCACCAUAAAACUGUGCUAUUCUAAUGUCAACACAGAUAUGGCGAGAGUCGAGAGGAAUUUCAAUUUAAAUUUAAUGGCCGGCAUUGAUUGGUUAUUCAAGUAUCUAUUGGACAAUUUCAGUAUCAUACAAAUGCGUUUAAAUUGUGAUCGAAAUAUGCAAAAUUGGGAGGUACAACGGAAUAAAUUAAUUGCCGAAGGUAAAUUAAAUCUUCGCAAAUACCAACGCUUUCCAAGACGAUCGAGCAGACAAAAAAUCUGGCGUUAUACGCAUAAACAUUUGCGGCAUUCUUCACGUAGACCGCGCACAGCACCGGCCGCAUCAUUUAGCACGUGGUCAACAGCGUUCGACAAUCAACGUACAAUGGUCGCAACGGAUUCUCAUAACUACAGAUCCGCUUCGUUGGAAACGACCAAUUCCAUUCCAGUCUUAGUGCCAAAUGCUAUAUGUAACGGUGACAUUAGGCAUCCAGAAGAAAUAACAACUGGCGUUUAA